CAUAGUCUGUGGAUGCCAAUACUCGACUUGCACGAAAUACAUAGCUACAACAAAUGAGGUGGACUGGUUUCCAGCUGAGAUUUGGAAGAGCCAGCACGAACAUGACAGUGAAAGAAGGAAAAGAGUACACAGCUUCUGCUGCGCAAAGAAAAAAUAAUUUUUGAUGCUUUCUGCGGAUUUUUAUAGUGAAACCACCUAGCCGUCUACUAUUGGUUGCGUACUGCUCGAUUAGUUUACAUUUACUUUUUACUUCUCAACGAAGGCCGCC